AUGCAUCAGUCUUAUAUCCCCCCCGAAGCCCUCGAUCGCGUCGCUUGGAUGCGCGGCGGCCACCAUAAGAUCAUCGUCGACCCGGCCCGGACCGCUCAUGUCGUGGUGGACCUCCAGGUCGGCUUCAUGGGCGAGGGGGCGCUGCUGGAGAUCCCGACCGCGCGCGGCAUCGUCGAGAACGUCAACCGCGUGUCGCGGGCGCUCCGGUCUGCCGCGGGAACGAUUGCCUACGUCCAGUACAAGAUCGAUCCCGACGAGCCGCAUCAUUGGGGAUCGCAUUACGACCGCAUGACUCCCGAGGCGGCCGAGCGGAUUCGGGCGGCGUUCACGGUCGGCGCGGAGCAGCAUGCCCUGUGGCCCGGCCUCGACGUCCAGCCGGAGGACCUGAUCGUGCCGAAGACGCGCUGGAGCGCCUUCAUCCCGGGCACGUGCGAUCUUGACGGGCUGCUGAAGGCGCGGGGCAUCGACACGCUGAUCAUGGGCUACCACGUCCUGUUCGUGCAGGACGGCAACGCCACGCGCGGCGACGCGGUGCACAACGCCAGCCUGGCCAACAUGCUGCUCUUCGGCGAUGUGGUCACCGCCGACGAGGCCAUCGCGCGGAUCGAGGCCGGGCGGCACGAGUGA